AUACGAAAGUUUUUGUAAUUUCUAAAUACUUUUUUAAAUUAACUUAUAUAAUUUUGUACAAGGUUUAUUUGUAAUCAGUGAAAACAAUCUACAAUGUCAACGCCACCUAAAGAUCGGUACAUUCCUAAUGCAUUAAAGUUUGCGUUCGGCGGUGGUGCUGGUAUGUUAGCAACAUGCGUAGUGCAACCUCUAGAUUUAAUCAAGACUCGCAUGCAGCUGGCUGGCAGAGGGAAGUCAUCGUUUACUGUAGCUUCAGAAAUCAUCGCAAGAGAAGGCUUCUUUUCUGUGUACACCGGUCUCUCCGCCGGUCUCCUGCGACAGGCUACUUAUACAACUACACGACUUGGAGUAUAUAACUACCUCUUUGACAUGUACCGAGAAGGCAACCAAGGAGCAUCACCAGGAUUCGCUAUAAAGACGGUGCUGGGCAUCGCAGCAGGCGCCAUUGGUGCCUUCGUCGGUACUCCGGCUGAGGUAGCCCUUAUCCGAAUGACAGCUGACGGCAGACUGCCCAAGGAACAGAGAAGAAACUACAAAAAUGUCGUUGACGCUUUAGCCAGAAUAGUGAAAGAGGAGGGCGUGUUAAAGCUAUGGCGAGGAGCGACGCCAACAGUCGCUCGUGCAAUGGUCGUCAACGCCGCACAACUCAGCACGUACUCCCAGGCGCGUGAGAUGAUAGCUGUGUACAUAUCUGAAGGCAUCCUGCUGCACUUCUGUGCUUCUAUGAUCUCCGGUCUUGUCACCACGAUCGCCUCCAUGCCUGUCGAUAUUAUUAAGACAAAAAUACAAAACGCAGAAAAGGGCCAGAGUCAAAUGUCAGUGGUAACCAACCUGAUACGAAAGGAAGGAGUAUUUUCUCUAUGGAAAGGUUUCCUACCAUACUACGCCCGUCUGGGUCCACACACUGUACUUACAUUCAUAUUCCUUGAACAAAUGAAUGCUGCAUACUUUAGUAUGAACGAAAAGGCAUAAGUUUCAGACUACGAUUGAGUACAGAUGACGUUAAGAAUAGCACAAUGAUAAAUAUAGGUAACCUAUCGAGUUCUUAGGUUUUCGCGAUUGUUACACAUAGGAAAUGAAACUAUUAUUCCGGAUU